CUCGGAUGGCCCCCACCCCCAAAAAAAAGUCUGUCCGAUAAUUGUAAUGCCGAACCCAAAAAAAAAAAAAAAAUAUCUGCAACAAUAAAUAAAACGUUGGUGUUGUCCUGGGCUGUGCAUUUCUUUUUUCUUUACUUAACUUACACUAUGUCACCUAUCGUUCCCGAAAUUACAUCUAACAUUCAAUGGAUAUCCCAAAUGGAUGUCGACGUCGAGCCUACCGCCGGACGUAAAUCGACCAUCAUUGGCACCAUCGGUCCUAACACAAACAGUGUCGAGAUGAUUACUCAGCUCCGUAAUGCUGGUCUUAACGUUGUUCGUAUGAACUUCUCCCACGGUUCUUACGAGUAUCAUCAAUCGGUGAUCGACAACACGCGUAAAAGCGCCGAAUUAUAUCCUGGUCGUCCUGUCGCUAUCGCCUUGGACAACAAGGGUCCCGAGAUUCGCACUGGCAACAUGAAGGACGGUAUUGAGAUUCCUAUCAGUGUGGGUCACGAGAUGAUUUUUAGCACCGACGACCAGUAUGCCGAUGCUUGUGAUGACAAGGUCAUGUAUCUUGACUACAAGAACCUUCCCAAAGUGAUUAAGGUUGGCAAGAAAAUCUACGUCGAUGAUGGUGUGUUGUCAUUUGAGGUCUUGGAAAUCUUGGAAGAUGCUGUGCGCGUCCGUGCCAACAACAACGGCAAGCUGUGUUCCCGCAAAGGUGUCAAUUUGCCCGGCACCGAUGUCGACUUGCCCGCCUUAUCCGAAAAAGAUAAAGCCGAUUUGCGUUUCGGUGUUCAAAACAAGGUUGAUAUGAUUUUUGCCUCCUUUGUUCGUCGUGGUCAAGAUGUCAAGGAUAUCCGUGACGUGCUCGGUGAGGAUGGUCGUAACAUCAAGAUUAUCUCCAAGAUUGAGAAUCAUCAGGGUGUGCAAAACUUUGAUGAUAUUCUCAAGGAAACAGAUGGUGUCAUGGUCGCGCGUGGUGAUAUGGGUAUCGAGAUUCCAUUGGAGCGUGUGUUUAUUGCCCAGAAAAUGAUGAUUUCCAAAUGUAACCUUGUCGGUAAACCCGUUAUUUGUGCAACCCAGAUGUUGGAAUCUAUGACUUAUAAUCCUCGUCCCACACGUGCCGAAGUAUCGGAUGUUGCAAACGCUGUGUUGGAUGGUGCUGAUUGUGUCAUGUUGUCUGGUGAAACAGCCAAGGGUGCGUACCCUGUGGAAGCCGUCAGAACCAUGCACGAUAUUUGUACAUUGGCCGAAUCCGUUCUGUGCUAUCCUGCUAUCUUCAACGAACUUCGAUCACUGACAGCCUUGCCUACCGAGACCACGGAAACCGUUGCCUGUGCUGCUGUGAGCGCUGCUCACGAACAGAACGCCGGCGCUAUUAUUGUUUUGAGUACUUCUGGUAACACUGCCCGUCUUUUGUCAAAGUACCGUCCCCGUGCUCCCAUUGUCGUUGUGACUCGUAACCCACAGACAGCUCGUCAAGUACAUCUGUAUCGUGGAUGUUUCCCCUUCUUAUAUCCCAAAGCCUCCUCCGCACCUGCAGCCCGUUUAUCGGCCGCUAGUCAACAAGCCCAUUUGAGCCCUGCAGAAUAUGCUCCAUGGCAAGAAGAUGUCGAUGCUAGAAUUAUGUGGGGUAUGGAACAGGCCAUCAAGUACGGCUUGUUGAAGCACGGCGACCCUGUUGUUGCUGUUCAGGGCUGGAAAGGCGGUCUCGGCAACACCAACACCCUCCGUGUCUUAUUUACUCCUUAAAGGAAUUCUUUUUUUUUCCUUUCAUCAUUCUUUUAUUACUCCUGUCCAAUUCAACAAACUUGUCUUUCAUGCAUGUAAUUCAUUUCACAUAUCAAUAAAUAAAUAAAAAGAAUGAAUCAAAACGAGGACCGGA